CGAGUACAGUUAGUUAACUUUGCUCUAAUAGCGAAAACAAAGAAGCAAGCUGCGAUUACUGAGUUUGGACGAGAUGGUGAGGUUGCGUCACCAUCUUACUGGUGAAGGCUGGAGAAGAGAGACUUUUCUGAAGACCCUUACCUGUCUACUGCUUCUUGCUGGUCUCACAGCUGCAUCUGGUUUCAAAUCAGCUGAUAAAUCUGCUCCGGAUGAAAAUCUUCUGCAGCAUGAGAAUACCAGCACUGUUCCAACACCUGAAACAAGCUCAAUUUCGAAUCCUCCGCUUCAGAAUGGCUGGCGAUCGAAAAGAGCAUUGCCUGAUCUUGAGAUUUCUGAUGUCUAUUCUUCCGACAAAGAUCUAGGACGUGUGCCGGAAGGAGUUAAAAAGAUCGCUUCUAAAGCUCAGGGCAAUUAUAUCAUUCCAUAUAUGAGACCAGGCCGUUCAAUGUUUUCUGAGCCUAUAAGGAACAUUGAAGCUACUGACUUUGAUUUUACAUUAGAUCUUAGAAACAAAAGAAACAACACAAUAAUACCUACGUUACGGUACGGAAGAAGAAGUAUUCAAGGACAAACUUCCUUUAUUCCCUACAUGAGCUUUGGUAGGUCAGAUGAUAUUUAUGAUGAAUUUGAUUCAGACAGAGAUUUAAAAGUUAAGAAGUCUGGAACUAUCAUUCCACAAGCACGAUAUGGAAGAGGCAAUAAAUAUAUUUAUAAUUCUAAAUCAGAGUUGAAUACUGAAAAGGAAAACGUUGAUGACAUUUGGGGGGAUGAAAGUGAUCCAACAGAUACCACUGAUGACGACAAUGGAUUUAAUAGCGAAGUCAAAAUAUUAGAUUUAUUUUCUACACCAUCACAAUCUUUUAAAACUGAUUUAAAUAAAUCGAUCGAAAAAAGAACAAUAAUUAAGAAAACUAUUAUUCCGCAUCCAAGGUUAGGGCGAGCUUUAGACAAAAAGAAUAUAAAAAUGAAACAGAUUGAAAAGCGUUCCAUAGCAGAUCUGAAGCGUCAAAGCACAGAUUUAUUACUUCCUCAAAUCAGAUAUGGUCGUUCUGUAGAUUUGGUAAUUGACAAAUAUCCUACUAAAAAUCGACAAUCAGAAUCUGAAAAAUCACAGGACUUUAUUUUACCUUACCCUAGACCUGGACGAUCGAUAAAGAGUCCUUCACACAGGGAUGAAAUAUCGCAUGCGAAAAACGCGAACAUACUUCUACCUUAUCCUAGACCUGGACGCUCUAAUAAAAAUCUCGAAGUCGUAAGUGAAGUACAUCUAGAAAAUAAUUCAGAUCAGAAGCGACAGGGAUAUAUGGUCCCAUUUGCUCGAUUAGGUCGUUCAGAUAACGCAAAACAACUGGGCAUUUUAAGAGAUACCGAAAUGAUUAAGCAGUUGCUAGAUGAAGAGCAUCUACAUGAUCAAUCCCUUUUAAAAAUACAAUCGAAAGAAAAGAAUGAAAACAAUGACACCGAAGAAAGUGCAGGAAUAUUUAUUAUUCCAUACCCGAGACCAGGUAAGAGGCAAGAGCCUACUGAAGCCACUUUUGAAGGAAGGAAUUUAGAAAAUGAAUCAAAUGAAGAUUUACAGGGGAAUGAGAAGGAAACCAUGAUAAAAGAGGAAAUACUUAAAACAACAGAAGAUAUGGAAAAACCUAAUAGAGAGCUAUUAAAAGGUAUUUAUAUAGUUCCUUAUCCUAGACUCGGAAGAUCAGACACACUUGUACCUUACCCAAGAUUGGGAAGAGCUUCAGAUGCAAAUUUUAUGCUACCUUAUGUCAGGUUAGGAAAGAAAUCCUAUGAUGACAUCAUUCCUUAUCCACGACCUGGUCGGUCAAGUUCUGGUAUCCUACAGCAAUAUAUUCUACCCCAUCCAAGAUUCGGACGACAAUCGGAUGCAGCGUUUAUGUUACCUUACCCCAGAUUAGGGAAGAAAUCAUAUGGAGACAUCAUUCCUUACCCGCGACUGGGACGUUCAAAUUCUGAAGAAGAACAACAGUACGUAUUACCCUAUCCAAGAUUAGGUAGGUCUCCAAAUUCACAAGAUCAUUCAUAUCAAAGUGAUAAGGGUGAGUAUAUCGUGCCUCUUCCACGACUAGGUCGAUCAGGAAAUUCAGGCAUAAUGAUACCAUAUCCAAGACCAGGGCGAUCUGAAACAUCUGACAUAAUGCUGCCAUAUCCAAGACCAGGACGAUCAGAAAGUUCUGAAAUAAUGCUGCCAUACCCAAGACCAGGGAGAUCAGGAGAAUCUAAUAUAAUGCUGCCGUAUCCAAGACCUGGGCGAACAAAACAUUCUGAUUUAAUGCCGCCAUAUCCAAGAAUAGGGCGAUCAAAAAAUUCUCAUGUAAUGCUUCCAUAUCCACGGCCAGGGAGAUCAGAAACACCUGAUAUAAUGCUGCCGUAUCCAAGACCAGGGCGAUCGGAAAAUCCCAAUAUAAUGUUGUCAUAUCCAAGGGCAGGGCGCGCAAGUCAGAGUAGUAACAAGUACAUUACACCAUAUCCGAGACUAGGGAGAUCUGAAAAUGUUAGGAAUAUGUUGCCUCCAAAUAAUAACACAAUGGUACUUUCUAACGACACUUUAAUACCCCAACUCCGGUACGGACGUUCCAAUCAUGCUUCCAGCUAUGUUGCUCCUUAUCCCAGACUGGGAAGAUCUGAAGACAGAGAAACAAUCAUUCCUCAACCUCGAAUGGGACGUGCAAACGCAGACUACAAUAUUGCAUCAACAAAUGAAGUGUCUGAAAACGAAAUGAAUGAAUUAACAUCUUCAGAGGAGAAUGCAUUAUUGUUCAGUGAUGAACUUAUGCUCUCUGAAACCACCACUGAAAAAUACGGUUUUAUGCCUUAUCCAAGAGUGGGAAGAUCAGAGAAAAGAAAUAAUCAAACAUACAUCGUACCUUAUCCUAGAUUAGGACGUUCGGAUACUAAUUCUACAGUCGAAAAUAAACAUGACAAAAAUAUUAUAAUACCUUAUCCAAGACUCGGCAGAGCAGAAUUUGAAGCCGAAUAGAGCAGUAAGCUUCGGAAUUACUCUGGUGAUUCUAAAACCAUCUUACCAUAUUCUAAACCAAGACGUUUUGUUAAAUAGAAAUUAACGAAUUUCGAACAACAUUGAAUUGGUUUUAACAUGGUAUGGUAGAGUUUGCAAUAUUAUAAAAAGAAAAAAAAUAUGUAUUUUUAGUUUCUUAAUAUAAAACUAAGAAACUGAUAUUCAAAUGUUUUUUGGACGUUAGAAAUGGAUAUAUUUAAAACGUUUGAAAAUAAAGCUAUGUGUCCUUU